AUGGGGGCUGAGCAGUCCUCCAACUCAGAAUCGCGCCGUGCCGAUGCUGGGACCAGCCAAAGAACAUGCUACUAUGAACUCUUGGAAGUUGAAAGGACUGCCACUGAUAUUGAAAUCAAGAAGGCAUAUCGCAAGAAAGCCCUAGAGUUGCAUCCAGAUCGCAAUUUCAACAAUGUUGAAGCGGCCACGGAAAAGUUUGCAGAAGUUCAGGCUGCCUAUGACAUUUUAUCUGACCCCCAGGAAAGAGCCUGGUAUGACUCGCACCGCGAGAGCAUUCUGAGUGGUCAACAUGACUCUAAUGAUGCGUCUGCGCCUCCAACCUUUCAUAAUGUCCAUCUCACUACCGCAGACGAUAUUAUGCGUCUCAUCUCUCGAUUCAAUGCCACCAUUCCAUAUACUGAUGAUGCUAACGGCUUCUACUCUAUUACGAGAGAAACAUUUGAGCAUCUCGCUGAAGAGGAGGAAGCUGCUGCUGAUUACGAGGGCGUUGAGUGUCCUGAAUAUCCGACUUUUGGCUCAUCCGACAGUGAGUACGAUACUACUGUGAAGGCCUUUUAUGCUACCUGGACUGGCUUCGCUACAAAAAAAUCCUUCAUGUGGCAAGACAAAUAUCGACUCUCGGACGCUCCAGAUCGCAGGACCAGGCGCUGGAUGGAGAAGGAAAACAAAAAGAUACGAGAUGACGCUAUUCGAGAGUUUACCGAUGCUGUUCGGUUUCUAGUCUCCUUUGUUAGGAAGCGGGAUCCUCGCUAUAUUCCAAACACUCAGAGUGAAGCAGAUCGUCACAAGUCCCUUCGGACUGCUGCUGCUGCGCAGGCUGCGCGGUCAAGGGCGGCGAAUAAGGAAAAUUACUCCUCAUUUGAGGUACCAGAAUGGGUUCACUCCAGAGAGGAUGAGAAUGAACAUCAUCAGCUUUCCGAGUCUGACGAAUCUGAGAUAGAAACAGAGGUUUUGGAAUGUGUGGCGUGCAACAAAAGAUUUAAGAGCGAAAAGCAAUUCGAAUCCCAUGAGCGCAGCAAGAAACAUAUCAAGGCCGUUCAGGAUCUACGACGUCAGAUGAAAAAAGAAACAGUAAACCUCGACUUG